UUCGCCGUAAAAGCCAUCACCGGCAUUGAGAUCUUAUUGGCUCUUUGUUUGUGACAUGGAACGCGCGCGCGCGUUGAUAGUUAUCAGCGCGCGUGAUAAUCUUGUUUGAGCUGCGAGCCGUGAAAUAGACAUGAAAUAUAUACAGCCAAUAUUGACAUGAAAUUUUAAAACUAUGCGGGGAAUUGCGUUGCGGCAGAACUGAGAAUGAUCACCCUGCUGCGAGCGAUAUCGGACUAAAGAAAUGAAGUUUCGAUCCGCGAGGGCUUCAAGUUUUGAAAACUGAAACUCGAUCGACAUUUUUCAUUAUCUUUUUUAGCCAUCUAAGUGAAUCAUAUUUCAGAUCGAAGGCGAUUUUCUGACUUCGCACUGCGGAUAUUGGUUUGCUUAAUUCUACCAAGAUUGAAGUGUCAAAGCUUUCAUCUCCAAAGCACUGAAGUAAUAAAUAGGCGAAAAACGAGCCGAAGAAAAUGGAGCAAGAAGCCUUAUCAUUGGAAGACAGCGGCUCAAUUACUUAUGAUGUGAGUAUUUCGUCAAUCAAUGGAAAUGGUCAAAGUGGUGUUUACCAGAAGGAGACGCAAUGCCAAGAACAUGAUACGCCAGAUUCUCUCGAGGGAGAUGAAGAGGAGACUUUGAAAGAUAAGAAUAUGAUGUUUUUUAAUGGACCUAAGAGCGAAGGGGUGGUUAACUAUGGCUUUUUUGAUCUCGAGGAAGAGGAUGAAAUAGCUUCUAGCGAGGGUUCUCAGAACUUAUUAAAUGAAAAAAUGGUUGAAACUGAAAAUGGAGAAGGAGGAAUAACAAUAAGAACAACCUCUGUUACAACUAUUUUAAGGCACGUUGAUCGAUCAGGAACGAAGAUAGAAAUUCCUGAAAGUCUCAAUGAAGAAGAAGAGGAAGAGGAAGAGGAAGAACAAGCAAAAGAAACCAACGUGAAAGAACUAUUAUUUGUGAGAAACGAGAAGCAAACGACUAGUGGUCUGCCUCACGAAGAUUCAACCGCUGCCGUCGAAAAGAAAACGAUUACUUACCACACUAAAUCAAUAACAGUUAAUGGUGUUACUUUGGAAAGCAAAGAAUCCAUGGAAGAUGAUAUAAAAGUAAUAGAGAAAAAUGACCCAGAACUAUUUUCCAUAAAGAGUAAGUCCGAAGAAGUGGAGAAUGUCCAAGGAGAAAAUGAGAAAGAUCCUAUAGAAGACGACGCUCUGACUGUUUUGGAGGAUAAAUCCAUGCUACCGCAUAUGGGAGCUGUCCUUAACGACGGGGAAACUGACGGAGUCAGACAAUCUAGCCUCGAGAGUGCUCUCGAAAUCAUCGAAGAGAUAUAUGGGUCUCGUCAAUUGUCGCAAGUAUCGAAUGAAAAUGAGGGUAGUGAAUUUCGGGAACCAUUAGAGGAAGUUUCCCUCGUUGCAAAGGAAGUGGAAACACGAUCGUCCCAUUACCACCCUCUGCUUGUGGAGAAAGACGAAAAAGUGGAAUGCGAUGAAAAGGUUCAUGUGGAUAUUGUACAGAUAGAUAAGGACUCAACCGUUAUAGAGUUCCAAAAGGGUCAGGAAACCGAGACUGAAGCUGCGGACACGAUGAUUGUUAUGGAGGAAGAAUCUCCUUUAGUGGUACAAAAGCGGCCACCAUCCCUUCAUUUGGAGACUGUUUUUGACUACGAGGAGGACCAUGGCACUAGAGAGGAAAAGGUGGAGACCCCUGAUGAGGAGACAGAAAAGAAGCCUGUGUCACAUAGCAUGGAAGAAGUAAGGCAAUUAAUUGAUGAAGCUUCUCCUGAGGUCAUCGAGAGGAGGCCUGUAUCUAUUCACAUGGAGAACGUGUUUAGUGAGACGGACCGCACCGAAGUUCUAGAGCCGGUAAAAGAAGCCUAUGCCGUUGCAACAGAAUCAGAGCCACGGUCAUUCCAUUACCACCAAAUGUUAGAAGAGAUUGUUGAUGAAGGGGACAAGGGUGAUAACUUUCAUGAAAGUUUUUUAGAAGUCAAAGCAGAAUCAGCAGCCGCGAAGUCCGAAAAAGACCUGGAAACAACGAAUUAUUCAGAUUCCAGGCAAGUUGUGGCGGAAGAAUCGCCUUUCGUUGUGGAAAAACGGCCUGUAUCACUUCACAUGGAAGCUAUAUUUGAGAAAGAGGAAAGUGAAAAGGAACCAAUCGCGGAGGUUUCUCCAGAGGUUGUAGAAAAGAGGCCCGUGUCACUUCAUAUGGAGCACUUGAUUGGUGAAGGUGAAAACAAUGAGGUUCGAGAACCGAUAAAAGAAGAGUCGACUGUGGCAGUGGAAUCAGAGCCGCGAUCGUUCGUUUAUCACACGAUGUUAGAAGAGAAGGCAGAAGAUAAAGAUGAUGACAAUUCCGUGGAAGUUGGGGAUGAACUAGUUGAUAUCAAAUUCGAAAAAGGCGCCAGAAAUGAGACUGUGGAAAUGACAAAAUGUUUAGACACAAGGGACGAACUAUCAGAAGAACCACCCCUUGUUGUGGAAAAACGACCUGUAUCACUUCACAUGGAAGCUACGUUUGAGCUUGAGGAAAACGGCGAGGUCAGGCAAACAGUGGAGGAGGCGUCUCUCGAGGUUAUAGAAAAGAGACCCUCGUCACUUCACGUGGAGCACUUAUUUGAUGAAGAUGAAAGCACUGAGGUUCGAGAAGGAAUUGAAGAAGUUUCGACUGUCGCAGUGGAAUCAGAGCCACGACUUUUGUGUUAUCAUUCGAUAUUAGAAGAGAAGCUUGAAGAUCAAGAUGGGAAUGUAGAUGACGGUGAUAAGUCUGUAGACAUCGGAAAUGAACUAGUCACAAUUAAGUUUAAAAAUGGCAAUGGAAAAGAAACCGCAGAAAUGAUAAAAUCUAUAGAUACAAAGGACGAAAUAUCGGAGGAACCGCACCUUGUUGUAGAAAAACGACCUGUAUCACUUCACAUGGAAGCUGGAUUUGAGCUCGAGGAAAACGACGAGGUCAGACAAAAAAUAGAGGAAGCCUCCCCCGAAGUUAUAGAAAAAAGGCCCGUGUCACUUCAUAUGGAGUACUUGUUUGAUAAAGGAGAAAGCACCGAAGAUCGAGAACCAAUUGAAGAAGUUUCAACUUUUGCAGUAGAAUCGGAACCACGAUUUUUCGUUUAUCACUCGAUGCUCGAAGAGAGGGUUGAAGAAAAAGAUGAUGACCAGUUCGUGAGAGACGGCGAUGAAUUGAUUGAUAUCAAAUACAAAAAAGACGCUGGAAAAGAUACAGCAGAAAUGACAAAGUCUCCAGAUGCAAAGGACGAGAUAACAGAGGGACUACCCCUUGUUGUAGAAAAACAACCAGUAUCACUUAACGUGGAAGCUGCAUUUGUGCUGGAAGAAAACGACGAAGUCAGGAAAACAGUAGAGGAGGCUUCUCCCGAAGUCGUGGAAAAGAGGCCAGUGUCACUUCACAUGGAGCAAUUGUUUGACGACGGCAAAGGCAACGAGGCUCCAGAAUCAAUAGAAGAAGAAUCCUAUGUUGCAUUAGAAUCAGAGCUGCGAUCGUUCUGUUAUCAUCCCAUGUUAGAAGAGAAGAUUGAGGAUGAGAACAAGAACAAUGACGAUAAGUCUAAAGACAUCGGGGAUGAGCUAGUCACAAUCAAGCGAGGAAAAGGCCCGAAAGAAGAAACUGAACAAACAACAAAAGCUUAUGAAACGGAGAGCGUAAUAUUCGAGGAAUUACCUCUUGUUGUAGAGAAGCAGCCUGUAUCGCUUCAAUUGGAACCUACUUUUGCUUUUAAUCACGGAGAGGAAGAUGAAGUCAGGCAAACAGCAGAGGAGGCCUCUUCCGAGGUUGUGGAAAAGAGGCCUGUGUCACUUCAUAUGGAGCACCUGUUUGGCGAAGGAAAAAGCAGUGACAUUCAGAAACCAGUAGAGGAAACAUCCACCAUUGUAGUAAAGUCGGAGCCUCGGUCGUUCUCGUAUCAUCCCAUGUUAGAAGAGGCUGAAGAACCGGAAGAGGACAAAAAUGGUGAUGUUAUUUCCAUCGAACUACCUACGAGACCUAGAAACGACGAUGGAGUGGACACUAAUAGAUCUACACCCUCUCUUGAGAUGAGAGAGGUUAUAGUAGAAGAUUCGCUCACUGUUUUGGAAAGGCGGCCUGUCUCACUUCAUAUGGACGCUGUGUUUGAUAAAGAAGAAGAACAUGUUAGAAACAUAUUAAACAAGGAUCAACCUGAGGUGAUAGAAAAGAAGCCUGUGUCAUCUCAUGAAGAAAAAAGUCUUGUGGAUCUGGAAUCAAUAGAACAAACUCCCGUCGUAGCAGUGGAAACAGCGCCGAAGUCAUUUAAUUAUCACCCGAUGCUGGAGGUGAGGGGGGAUGUUGAAGAGGAGGAUGAGGCCUUUGAUGAAAAUUCUGUAAAACUUGUUAGGAGACCUAUACAAGGCAAAGAAAUACACGCCACACAAUCAACAGAUAUAAACGAGGCUAUAGCAGAAGAAUCUCCUCUCGUUAUAGAAAAACGACCUGUUUCACUUCACAUGGAGGCUGUGUUCGACGGUGGGGAAGACGAUGGAAACAAACCAGUGGAAGACAACCUGUCAAUUUUGAUACAAGAGAAGGCAACAGAACAGAAAGAACCAGUCACAGAAGCGGAGCUUGUAGUGAUGGAAAGGAAAACUGCUACACUUCAGUCAAAGGUUCUGCUCGAUCAUGAAACUCCUGGUGAUGAGUUCGUAGACGACACGGAGGAAGACAACGACGCUACGGUGGAGUCUUUACUUAUCAAUAUUGAAUCAAUAGUCGAAAAGCCAUCUCCAGGACAUCCCGACAGUAAAGUAGUGAAAUUAGCACCAACGAGUGACAAAGAACCUGUCGAGGAAGAGACAGCUGUUAAGGUUGAGAAGAGAAGAGCUUCACUUAACAUGGAGUCGCUCCUUGAUCCUGAGAUCUCUGGAGAACAACUCCAAGAAUCUGAUACACAAGAAAAGCGAGAGGCUGUCGACGAAGUUGUUGCAGUUAUAGUUCAAAAGAAGCCCAUUUCUCAGAAUUUUUUGGACGAGCAAGAAGCUGACACCCAAGAAACAGAAUCCGUUUGCAAGGAAGAGACUCGGUUAGUUGUGUUAGACAUACCUCAAGUAGAAAAAAAGAAGGAAGGUGAGGAUUCCAUAAAAGAAACAGCUGCCCCUGUUGUGCAGAAGAAUGAAGUCGAGUUUCAUUCUGAUCUUUUAGAGUUAGAGGGAGAAGAGGAACAAAAGCAAAAGAAAUUUGAUGUGGCACACAGCAAGCAAGAAGUAAACAACAACUGGCAAGACACUAAGCAGACCGAAUUCAUCACGACCACUACAUCGGUUGUAACGUCAAUAGAAAGUACUGAUGAACAAUCUGCCCACGAUAGUGAAACCAUUGUAACCAAAACGGUUUACGAGAAAACGACUUUACAGGUAGCUAGCAGUUCAACUAAUUCUCUUCCUAACACGGUCACAACAGAAGAAAUGCUCUCACCAACUUCGUAUACCAAACAAUUUCAUGAAGGGAACACUGACGGUGAGGUCGAACUAUUACGUGUCGUGCUUCGGAGGAGGCUAUCAGCUCCCGAAAUACUACCAGAGAAAGAAAACGAAGGUUCUGCACCUUUAGCUGUAUCGGAGGAUCGUGGAAUUCUCGAGUCUCAGGAGCAGUUUAACGUGGCGGAAAGCCCUCGAAAACUUAAGGAAUCUACACUCCCAAAUAGAACGCAGGGCGUCGACGAAUCUGAAAUGGAGCCUUAUACAGAUAUUCCCCUUGAAGAAAAGCUUAUUCCAGAUUCUCCGAGAGAGGCAGAAGCUCAAGUUGCCCAUUUUGUAGAGAAGGAAGAAGGAACUGAUGAAACAUUACCCGUACUAAUGUUACUAUCACCUGAGAACCGAGGAGAAGAAAAGGAACGUAAAAAAGCAAAGAAAGGUGGGCUUUCAUCUCCACAAUGCAAGUGUUGUUCAGUGAUGUAGAUUGGACUAAUGGUAGAUGCUGCUGACAGCAAAAGCCUCCUUUGACUCAAAGAGCUUACGCCAAGGAAUACUGACUAUGAAAAAAAUGCGUCUGUAUUUAGAUGCACUGAUAAAAUGACACGAUCGUAUUAACUAUCCUUUGCGAGUAAUGAAAAUAAUGAAUUGAUACUUUCAUCAGCGAGUUUGGUGCUGUGACGCACGAGUGACGCUUUGUUUUCGUAACGUGAUUAGCAUGCUUCUGUGUCUGGACCAGAAAUGUUCUAGGUGCUGUAUAUUGGAUUCUUCAGACUGUAGAGAAGGUAUACACAAUUCUAGAUAACUAAUAUUGCUGUUUUAAAUUCGUAUUUCAAGGGGACUGA